UAUAACGUGGGCCUGAGUAUUAUCCUUUUUGAGCUGUACCCCAAUUAACAUCACUCAAAGAAGAGAGGCAGAAGCACCACUACAAAAUUAUCACACAUCCAUUCUUAUAGCAUCAAAGAUUUUCAUCUUCUGAUUAAUUAGGUAGUUUGAAAGAUGAGGAAAUUAGAGCUGGUAUUUGUGCCUGCCCCAUCCAUCGGUCACCUUGUUUCGAUAUGCAAGUUUGCAGAGAAGUUGGUUAAUAGAGAUGAAAGGCUAUGUGUAACAAUUCUUAUUAUAAGGCCACCCCCACCAUGGGAUUCCAGCAUAGAUGCCUACAUCAAGCGAAGUUCCUCUGCUCCUGAGGGAAGUCGAAUUAGAUACAUCACACUUGCUCAAAUCGAACCGCCAUCUUCAGAAGAACUAGCCAAGUCUAUUGAGAAGUACAUCUCUCUUUUGAUAGCAAAUUAUCGACCCCUUGUUAAAGAUGCAAUUAUCAGCAACAAGUCAUGGCCUGAUACUGAUUCGAACCCGAAAAUUAUUGGAUUAGUCUUUGACAUGUUUUGCAGUUCCAUGAUUGAUGUAGCAAAUGAACUUGACAUUCCUUCCUAUCUUUUCUUCACUUCUGGUGCUGGUUUUCUUGGUUUCCUGUUUUACCUUUCCGUUUGGCAUGACCAAUUUGGGAGAGAAUUUAAUCGAUCUGAUGGCGAUUUUAAUAUAGCAGCCUAUGCUCAUCCGGUACCCUCAAAAGUCUUGCCUACGUUUGCAUUUGUCAAGGAAGGUUAUGACUCAUUCCGCAACCAUGGUGUCAGGUUCAAAGAAACCAAAGGAAUUCUCAUCAACACGGUUGCGGAAUUCGAAAGUCACGCUGUCAAUAGCUUAGCAUCUGAUCCUGAAUUACCUCCAGUUUACACAGUAGGAUUUCUUCUUGACCUUGAAGCACAAAAAGGUAAGGGAAAUUCCAAAUCUGAACAUAAAGAAAUCAUGAAAUGGCUAGACCAGCAGCCACCUUCAUCUGUUCUUUUUCUUUGCUUUGGAAGCGAGGGUGUUUUUGAGCCAUCACAGCUUAUCGAGAUGGCAAUUGGACUUGAACGAAGUGAGGUUAGAUUCUUGUGGUCAAUACGCCCGCCUGUGAACGCUGAAACUACAAAUCUAGAGGAGAUAUUGCCAGAAGGAUUCUUGGAGAGGACAAAAAACAAAGGAAUAAUAUGUGGAUGGGCACCUCAAGUCGAUAUCUUGGCUCACAAGGCCACUGGAGCAUUCAUAUCUCAUUGUGGAUGGAAUUCGACUAUAGAGAGUCUAUGGCAUGGAGUACCAAUUGUGACAUGGCCCCUUUAUGCAGAACAACACAUUAACGCGUUUCAAUUGGUGAAAGAUCUUGAGAUGGCAGUGGAGCUGACACUGGAUUACAGGAUGCACAAUACUGAUCAUUGUGAAAUUGUGAAGGCAGAGGAGAUGGAGAAAGCUAUAAGAUGCACAAUGGACACUGAAAAUCCCCUGAGGAAGAGAGUCAAGGACACGGGAGAAAUUUGCAGGAAGGCGUUGAUGGAGGGUGGAUCCUCUUUCAUUUCUCUAGGACGAUUCAUUGAAACUAUUCUUGAUUCCUAGAAUUUUUACUCUCUACUCCUUAUGUUAACAGAGUCUUGUUUCAUAUCAGUAUAUAUCAAAUAAAAGGUAUUAUUAAGGUAUGGGUA